GCAUUUUGUCGGUAACGCGGUGUCGCCGAUGAUCUAUGUACCGACCAUUUCCACUCUAGUAAGGGCGAAUUGUUUUAAACGCCGGCGCAUCCGAGACAAUGAUGUGAUGACGAGGAAUUGAUCCAUCAAUUUGGCGUGGCCCACUUGCAAGUGGCUGGUGAAAGGUAGACCCUUGUUUGCAAAGUCCAGCUUUGGUCGUAUAAAAUGAUAGCGGACACACUUUCAGUCAAUAGUUGUUCAAGUUUACAGCCAGUGUUUGAAGUUGAUGUUCAGACACCUGCAGGAAGUUUUUGGCCAAUUUUGAAGUUCGAGGUUAAUUUCCUGGUAUUGUAAGGUGUUGCGCUAGAAGAAGAAUGCAAGGCGAAGCGACAGUGGCUAUCAAACAAUACAUGGCAACUAGUGGACGCUAUGGCGACGAUUAUGGUGUAGUGUGCAAGAGAUCGCCACCAGGUCGCGCAAAAUUUUUGGAGUUCAGGCACGACGUCGUACAGCAAGAGAGGUUUAAAGGAAUCAGGUACAGGCCUGAAUUGGGCCGCUACAUUUCAGAGAUACGACCCGCUCAACCGAGAAAACGAAAAAUCUGGUUGGGUACGUUCAAGACGGCCGAGGAGGCAGCCCGUGCAUUCGAUGCAGGCAUUUUUUAUACGAAGAAACCCGUCGAGUACAACUUUGAAGACUCGCCCUCUAUCUUGGAACCCCUGCCAGAGAAUCUUUCUCCCGAGCAGGAACAUAUCGAGAUCCAGAAGAGGGCCAAGGCCGCCGCAGCGAGAGUUGAGCCCUCGCAAUCCGAGCGUCCACAUCCAGGCGUUGAAUGUUACGUCCUUCAUGAAGCUGAUCUUACCAGUAGCAGAACGGCCAGAGGGUGUCAAUUGCAUCUGCAAUGAAGAGCGCAGCUAGAAUUUAAUUUCGAGGAUUAGAUUUUAGCUUGACUAGAAUCAUUGUAAAAAUUCUGAGGCAGCAGCCAAUAUCAACUUUGAGCAUUUGAGAAUGCACUGAGUGGGAACAAGUGAAAAUAAUAGCCAAUUUUUCAUGUCAAUACGCUCAGAUUUCCACGCCUCGUCUUCUGAAAUACAGAUCUUGAGAUAAGAAAGUAGCCACUGUUCUCUCCAGGCUAGAAUUACUGGCCUGUGAUUUUGAGAGGCAAUUCAGUGUCCCUCGGCCCAACGCCACAAUACUGAACUGGAUAAUGAAUCCUAGUUCAGACUUGAGAGUGAACUUGUACAUUUGUACACAUCAAAUGACUCAUCGAGGUUGUGGACUUUGGGGUUUUCUGUCCUGCCCUUUUUGGGUGUACAAUGUUCUUUCCACU